AUGGCGCCCAAGCAGGAUGUGGACGACAACAAAGAAGAAUCGGGCUCUGGCGCGAAUUCUUCCCCAGAUGCUAGGACUCCACCAAGACAUUUUGCGCCUAUAACAAGGGAAGAGCGCGAUAAUGACGGUGAGACGACAGAGGAAACAAUGAGCCCAAGACAGUCACAGACUGGUACCGUAAGAAGAAACCGCCCACCUGCGAUAUCUACCAGCAGUGGGGCGCCGAACUAUGGCUCUAUACCACCCUCAAACGCUGAAGAAACGGGGUCUGAGGCGGGUCAAGCUACACCAACACAAGAUCCAAGUAUCACUGGGCGAGCGAGUGCAUUGUCAUCAGCUUCCCGCUCCAUACAUUCACCGGAAAGGGCACCGCAGCUCCACCCCAGAUUACUUCGGAGGUCGUCUUCCAAACAAACGCCACAUCGAGGACAGGAAUUCUCUACAGAUGAUGAUGCCGAGGAGAUUGUAUCAAACCGGAGCAGAAGAACUUCUCAUGGGGCUGCAACGACGGCGCAUAACCUUCCAAAGCAGCCAUCGGCGCUGCGGAGACGGCCAACAAACAAACCGAGUAUGCCAAGAAUCGAUUCUAGGGUCGAGGAUGAGGAGGAUACUGCCCCGGAGGAGACGGCUCCUAGUGUGCAUGAGGAAGCCGUGGAAGAUCAGGACGCGUCUAGCGAGACGAUCAAUGCAGACGGCGAUGAUGAGAACGAGGACGACGAUGAUGAUUGCCUAAGCGACGCAGAAAGCUUUACCCUGAGAGACAAACAGCAGGCAAUCAAUGAAACGCAUCCUUUUGGUAUUCGAAUAUGGAAGCCAGCAUUAUACAAGAAGAACAGGUCCGUGGAGAAGACCGCAGAAGGCGACAUACACAGCAGCCCCGGCGCUCGAGUUUCAAAGCCACUGGCUGUGUUCAACAUUCUUUGGACGGUGAUGUUUGGCUGGUGGUUAGCCCUUGCCGCUGGGUUAGGAGCUCUGGUCUGUUACAUCUUUGCACUCGCGCCUCACGCAACUUCCUAUGGCAAGAUAUUUCUUGGUCUCUCCACCUAUCUCUUUUAUCCUUUCGGCAAAUUCGUAAAAUUGGAACAAGACGAAGCUUACGCAGAAGAGGACGAGGGAGAAGGUCGCUCCAUCAGUGAGUACGAGCAAUGGCAACAAGGAGAUCUUGAAGAUGGUCGUCUGUUCUUCGGCCCCCUUACUUCCCGAUCAAUCAUUGGCAGACGAAGGAGCGUAGACUCGGGCGAGACUGGAAGCCUACUCGGCCGCGGCAGGCGAAGCGGAUCAGAUGAACAACGACGAGAACGCAGAGCCAGGCUCUUUGGUAGAGGCAAGUGGACGCCUGGCCGAGUCAUCUUUUUCGUUUUCUUUUACUUCCUUAUCGCACCUCUGAUGCUGUUCACAUCCCUCAUGUGCUUUUUCAUGGUCUUUUGGGUACCAAUGGCUAGGACCACGAUUCUCCUUUUCUACCACCUACGGCGGCAUCCUCUUGCUUUAUCAUUCCACUCCGACGCCUCUUAUUCUAGAGCAGGCUCUUCCCGUCCAUCUUCGAUCUUGCUUUGCACUUACCGUGCAGUGGGCUUGAAGUAUUGGAAGUACACCGUGGACGGAACCAACAUCUUCCUUAUCAAUCUACUUGGAGUAGUCAUCUUCGCCAUCUUUGAUUAUUGGGUGCUAUACGAAGCUCUAGGUCUGCAAAUCUGGCUUACAUCCCCUGGAUUUGUUUUCGCUCUGGCUCUGUUCUCCAUAAUCCCUCUCGCAUAUUUCAUUGGACAAGCUGUCGCUUCGAUCUCCGCCCAAUCUUCCAUGGGCGUUGGAGCUGCUAUCAACGCGUUCUUCUCGACAAUCGUUGAGGUCUUCCUCUACUGUGUUGCUCUGAAUCAAGGCAAAGGCCCAUUAGUGGAAGGUAGUAUCAUUGGCAGCAUCUUUGCGGGCAUUCUUUUCUUACCUGGACUCUCGAUGUGCUUCGGCGCAUUGAAACGGAAAACCCAAAGAUUCAAUGUGAGAUCGGCAGGUGUCACAUCGACCAUGUUGCUUUUUGCUACCAUUGCAGCCUUUGGACCGACACUAUUUUACCAAAUAUACGGCAGCCACGAGUUGAAUUGCCACUCUUGUGCUUUAUUCCGUGAUGGUCCUUCCGGUGCAAUUGAAGAGGAUGAGAAUUGUCGCCGAUGCUACUUCAGCCAGUCCCCAACAGUCGCUGACCAAUUUUUUAUUCAGUCUGUGCGGCCUUACUGCUGGUUUGCAGCAGUACUCCUGUUCCUAUCCUAUAUCAUCGGUCUUUGGUUUACGCUUCGUACGCACGCUGCCGUCAUUUGGAAUAUUGAGGUAGAGGAAAAGAAGGCUGCUCAGCCACAACUACCGAAUGGCAUUACCCAAGAUUUACAUGCUUCUGUCACACUUCCUCCAAAGGCGAACAGUAUUCAUAAUACAAAGGACGCCAACCACCGGGCACCGAGCCAAUCGAUCAGGGAAACGCAGCUGUACAAACGUAUACUGAGUCAAACACUUAGACAGGAUGGUCUGCAAAGUCCUCAAGAUAGUAGGAGGUUUUCUCUCCCUGCCCAUCGUAAUGGCCAGUCUGCCCACCUGGUCCCACCCAAGACCGCUGAUUCCGGAGACCUGAGCGAUGUCGAAAGCCAUCCUACCCAGCCAUUGAGAGUCUCUGGUCUUUCUGAAGAGGAGAGCAUCAGCCUCGCCCGACACGUUGCUGAGAUGGCGGCAACAGCUGCAGCCACUGCAGCCCGGGAGGCGACUCGUCCGCCCCGCGAAAGGAAGCCGUCCACUCAUCAUACUCCGCGUGUCCCGCAUUCUGGCGCCCUCACAGACGACCAUGAAGCGGUUGUCACAGCCGAAGCACCCGCUGGCGGACACGACGCUCCAAAUUGGGGUAGGACGAAGAGUGCCGUCAUCUUGCUAGGUGCGACACUACUCUACGCCAUCAUCGCUGAAAUCCUCGUCAAUACCGUAGACUCUGUCCUCCAAAGCGUCGAUAUUGACGAGAAGUUCCUUGGCAUUACACUCUUCGCCCUCGUUCCCAAUACGACGGAAUUUCUUAACGCCAUCUCCUUCGCCAUGAACGGCAACAUCGCCCUAUCAAUGGAAAUCGGCUCCGCCUACGCCCUCCAAGUCUGCCUCCUCCAGAUCCCCGCCCUCGUCCUCUUCUCCGCCAUCCGUGCCACCUCCCUCACCUCCACCCUCCCUGCAGCCGACAUCCUCUCCCACACUUUCACCCUGAUCUUCCCGCAGUGGGAUAUGGUGACUGUCAUCCUCUGCGUGUUCCUCCUCAGCUAUGUGUACGGGGAGGGAAAGAGCAACUAUUUCAAGGGCAGUAUAUUGGUGCUUACAUAUUUGGUUAUCGUGGUGGGUUUCUACCUGGCGGGCGGGCAGGGAGAUGGGAUCGUAGGUGAGGAGCGAUUUGCAGCGGGUGGAAAAGAGACGUUUUACACGUCCGGAAGUCCCGGCUCGGUUGGUCUACCGAUUUUGAAUGGGAGGGGUCAGCAAGUGGCUGCUAUCUCAGAUGCUUGA